AUGUUCAACCUACCGGUCAGUAUACUGAUUUAUAUUUCUUUAAUUUGGGUGAUAGAGCCCAGUGUCGCAAGAGGAAAAAACGUAGUCAGCUUGAUUGCUUUCAGAGACUCAAACGGCAGACUGCAUAAACGAAUAGCGCCAGAAGAAAUCCCUCAUCGGGAACCUGGUUCUCAAGCAAUUUCUAAUUCGUUGGGAAGCAUGGAAUUUCGUGACUAUUCAAAGCCAUCGGUAAAUUUGGAUAAUAUUUUAGGAAUACAGCAGGGAAAGCAACAGGAAUUUUCCGCCGAAUUAUUUCCUUUAUCCUUAGAAUCAAAGUUGUCAUUAGUUAAGGAUAUUCAAAUUUUUGCAAGCUAUGUACGAAACGAUGUGGAAACAUACAACAAAAUAUGUGAUCCCAAUGAAGAUUUGAUUAUUAUUGCGCCAACGGACAGAGCAGUCUCUCAGCUUUCUUUGAAGCCGUGGCAAUUUCCGAAUAACAUUGGCAAGCUUGAAAGCAUGGGUUCUACCGAAGAGGAACUUGAUACGGCGAUCCAAGAGAAUAUUUCCAAUUUCGUGAGAUCGCAUAUCGUGAUAUACAACGAUGAUAAAAAUUCCUACAAAAAAAUCAGUCCAGAAUGUACGCUAGUGCAGAGUAUCAGCUUUACGGAAAAUGAAAGAGGCACCUCACAGCUCUCUGGUGAUAUUUUACUCAAAAAAGAAGGCGACGCAUAUUAUGUAGCUUCCACCCGAGACGAGAAGUUUCAUAUUAUAGAGAGUAUUGAGAAUGGAAGUAAUGGUAUUAUUUUAACUGUUGAUUUGUCUCUGGUUUGGCCUUAG